ACUUGCGGAUGUGUGCACUCAGGCCACCUCAAAUUGUGUCACGUUGGCUCAUAAAAUGGUGGGCAAAAACCUGACAAUUUCGCCUCAACAACGUGAAUUGACGUGAGGGUCAAUAAGUCUAUGUUGAGUCCUGGUAUAGUUUUGUUCAAGAAAGGUGUCCUGUUGAGCCCGGUCUUUGUGAGAAUCGAACAGACACUAUUGAUCCGUCGUCGAUUGUUGAGAUCCUCCUACUUGACUUUAUUUUGCUGAGGAGCCGGCCGAAGGCCAUCUUGACGCACUUGCUGUUGCUGCCCUCUCUCUGUGUGUAUGCCUGGCCUGGUGUUUCCUGUUGGUCAACUCGGUCACUGUGCUGGCCAAAAUCUUCAUAGCGUACUGCCGUGAAACACAUCAUAGAGAAAAUGUCAGAUUUAAAACUGCAAGGGUUCUCAUGGAGGAAGGUGUUGUCCGUUGGUUUGGGCAUUGCAUCCUUCGUCAUGUUCAGCUACGUAUAUUAUGGGUUCACUGACCUCAAAACUCCGGCCGAUAGAUACCACAUAGCUUCAAGCUCUAUCAUUCGAUCGGCAUCAGGCCACAGAGCCAAAAUUGAGGAGUAUAUGAACAUUCACACUGGAGAAGCAAAGAAUCGAAGUUCCUAUUUGGAUCGGUUUACCCUGAAAGAAAAAGUUCCACAGGACGACUUGUUUGACAUCAAUGUGAAUGCCAGUAAAUCAACAGCCUCACUGAGAGAUUCUUCCCCUGUAGUGGAUAACAACAGACACACUGCCAAGUUUUCACCCCUUGUGGACUUUACAAAACCAAAAACAAGAAACCCCCAUGCUGACAGUGUAACAUUCCAGGGGUCAACCAGAAGACAAUCAGCACAGGGCCCUACCACUCUGUCAAAAGGGUCCAGCACCAGAGACUGCACCCCGCGUACAAAUAUCGUCUUCUUUAAAAUGCACAAGUGCAGUAGCAGCACAGUGCAGAAUAUUUUGCUGCGUUAUGGGGAAGAGCACAGCUUGGACUUUGUGCUCCCGCCUGCGGGAAACUACUUGGGUCACUCGCAAUUCUCAAGGAAAUGGAUGUUAGAAUUUCCAGUGAAGGAGUAUAACAUCUUAUGUCAUCACACAAUGUUUGAUGAGACUGCUAUGAAAGCAGUGAUGCCAACCAAUGCUGUUUACGUCAGUAUUCUUAGAGAUCCAGUCACGAUGUUUGAAUCCACCUUCACCUAUCAGCACAUGGCAUCCAUGUACCAUCUUCCCUCUAGCCAUGGGUUGGAACUCUUUCUAGAGAGACCAGAACAGUACUAUAAGAUGGGAGACGGUGGCCUUCUUCACGCCAGGAGUCCCAUGAUUUAUAACUUCGGCCUACCCAAAGCAGACCUUGGGGAUGUAAGAAAAAUCGAGGCAAAGAUCGAGGAGUUGGAAAUGCAGUUUGAUCUCGUCAUGAUGACGGAGCACUUUGAAGAAUCCCUCAUUCUGUUCAGACACCUCAUGUGCUGGGAGAUCGAUGAUAUUGUGUAUUUCAAACUCAACGCUCGCAGCAAGUCAUCCGUGAAGACGGUGUCGGCGAGCGUGGCUGACAAAAUCAAGAAGUGGAACUACGGAGACGUGAAACUAUACGAGACAUUCAACAAGACCUUCUGGGGGAAGGUCAGAGUGUUUGGAGAGGACAGGAUGAGGGAAGAGGUCGCGCAGCUGAAGAUGAGGAAAGACUUCUUCUCAAAACACUGCAUUUCUCAGGUUGUGAAUAACGACAACAAAGUGUGGCACCCAGCAGGAAUCGGUAUCGACAGCUUUAAAUUAAGACCGGAAGCGAUGAACAAUAAAAUGUGUGUUAGAAUGGCAAGGACAGAGCUACCAUACACAGACCUGGUUCGUAACAUACAAAAGAAAAGAUAUUAUAUGCAUUAAAAUUUUGUUUAAAAGCAAUGGACACUAUUAGUAAUUGUCAAAGACCAGUCUUCUCACUUGGUGUAUC